UCAGUCCUCUUUGAUUAUCAGUCUCCAGCAGCCCCUCUCUUGGCUCCUUGACAUGAGCACCAUAUAAGGCGCAGCGAUCUCCAUAGAAACGUGUCAGUUUCAAUAGUAGUGUCAAAGUUCACUAUAUACAGACAUUCGCGCAGAUCCCCCGUUUCGGAAACAUUGCUCUGCUGGUCCUCUCGUUUAAGCGCAUUCAUUUUUUGGGGGUCUCUCCUUCUUCUUCUUCUUCUUGCAUAUCCUAUUAGUACUAGUUGGUGUUUUUCCUCUUUUUCUUUUUUUUUCCUCAAUCUUUUUUCUCUUCGUAUCUCCGUUCCUCCUCGCUGGAGAGAGGUGAAACUAUACAUGGGUACUUCAUUCGGCGACGCGGUUCUCCUUCGCAGCUGGGCGAGAUGAUGAGGUUUAUUUAAGAAUAUAGAUGUAAAAAGCCCAGCUCUUCAGUUUUUUUUCUCCUCCUCCUCCUCAUAUACGACGAAGACGGGAGUGUAAAGGAGCAAGGGAAGAAAGGAGAAAGGAAUUUAUCUCCGCAGCACUUUGGAUCGCGUCUUUCCAGCGAAAAGGUUUUGGUAUUUUUUUUGUUUUUUUUACUCGCUCCUGCCUUUCUUUUGUGGCUAUAUUUUUUUAUCUGACUGCUAUUUUUACGUCUGGACUCGGGUUUUCCUACAAGCUUAGGGAUUCCUGAAUGGCUGACUGCAAUUUACCUUGGAACUGGCCUCCCGAUACUUGCAUAUCCUGAUCGGGUGCCUCCUGAUUUUUGAAUGUAUUGAUCGCGUUUGCUCCCCUUCUUACCCCCCAUAUGAGAUUGCGUGCUCCGAUUUGACUUUGCACUGUCCCGUCUUUUGAGAUUUUUUUUUUCUUCCUCCUCUACGCUCCAUAAACAUCGGCGAUCAUUUCGCUUUACAGCACUUUCCGGGGCCGAGAUAUGGCAAUGGUAGUUAGCGUCUGGCGAGAUCCGCAGGAAGACGUGGCCGGAGGACCUCCGAGCGGCCCCAACCCAGCAGCGCAGCCGGCGAGGGAGCAGCAGCAGGCGGCGUCGGCGGCGCCGCACACUCCGCAGACCCCCAGUCAGCCGGGACCCCCGUCCACGCCGGGGACCGCUGGGGACAAGGGGAGCCAGAAUUCCGGACAGAGCCAGCAGCAUAUUGAAUGUGUGGUUUGCGGGGACAAAUCGAGCGGCAAACACUACGGCCAGUUCACCUGCGAGGGAUGCAAAAGUUUCUUCAAGAGGAGUGUACGCAGGAACUUAACGUACUCAUGUCGUGCCAAUAGGAACUGUCCCAUUGACCAGCACCAUCGAAACCAGUGCCAAUACUGCCGGCUGAAGAAGUGCUUAAAAGUGGGGAUGCGGCGGGAAGCGGUUCAGCGAGGAAGAAUGCCUCCAACCCAACCCAACCCAGGCCAGUACGCGCUGACGAACGGGGACCCCCUGAACGGCCACUGCUAUCUGUCCGGAUACAUCUCGUUACUGCUGCGGGCUGAACCUUACCCGACCUCCCGGUACGGGAGCCAGUGCAUGCAGCCCAACAACAUCAUGGGCAUCGAGAACAUCUGCGAGCUGGCGGCUCGCUUACUUUUCAGCGCCGUGGAGUGGGCGAGGAACAUCCCCUUCUUCCCUGACCUGCAGAUCACCGACCAGGUGUCCCUUCUCCGGCUGACGUGGAGCGAGUUGUUUGUGCUUAACGCGGCUCAGUGCUCCAUGCCUCUUCAUGUGGCCCCGCUGCUCGCCGCGGCAGGCCUGCACGCCUCGCCGAUGUCUGCGGACCGCGUCGUGGCUUUCAUGGACCACAUCCGGAUCUUCCAGGAGCAAGUGGAGAAGCUCAAGACCCUGCACGUAGACUCCGCGGAGUACAGCUGCCUCAAAGCCAUCGUGCUUUUCACAUCAGACGCUUGCGGCCUGUCAGACGCCGCUCACAUCGAGAGCCUUCAAGAGAAGUCGCAGUGCGCCCUAGAGGAGUACGUCAGGAGCCAGUACCCCAACCAACCCAGCCGCUUUGGCAAGCUCCUGCUGCGGCUGCCCUCUCUACGCACCGUCUCCUCCUCGGUAAUCGAGCAGCUGUUCUUCGUCCGCUUGGUAGGUAAAACUCCUAUUGAAACCCUCAUCAGGGAUAUGCUAUUAUCCGGGAGCAGCUUCAACUGGCCUUACAUGUCCAUCCAAUGAUCCUUAUAUGACAAAACAAAACAGAGAGGAGGAGGAAGGGGAAAAAAGGACCAAAUUUCUGCACCCCUCAUCCUCCUUCAAGAAGACUAUAUAUAGGACCUUUUUUUCUGAGAAACUUUGCGGAAGACAUUACUUUUUUUCUGUCUUCUGGGACUUCGAUGGAAUACAUUAUGUACAGAAAAAUAUUGGAACUGGACUUUGCGCCUGUGUAAAUCCGCACCGUCAUCUUCAAGAACAAUACUCUCCAUUUUGUAAAAUACUAGUCUUUAUUUUCUUUUUUCUUUUUCUUUUUUUUUCUUUUUUGUAAAAAAAUACAAAUAAAAUGAAAAACAUCAUAUGCGCAGU